AUGUAUGGCAUGGCAUGUGAGGCAAACCACGGCGGAGCUGGGGAGGGCGGGUCGAGUCUCAGAGAGAUGCCAGUGAGAAGCUCGUCAACAGAGACCCUUUUCCUCGCUUUUGCAAGGGAAGCAGAGAAGCUCUAUCGCAACUCGGUGGGGCUCGGAGGAGGGGGCAACCUGGGCCUGGCAUUAUUGAUGGAUGCCCACGAACCUAGGGAUUCUUUCUUGCUGCACCGCUUCCACCGUCACAGAGAAGAGAGGGCCAGCACCUCCGCAGGUUCAAUACCACAUCAUGCUCUGCUUCAAAUCGUCCUCCUCCGAGUCCUGAACCGACCUUCCACGGCGUUGUGCAUCCCGAGUGGAGCUGGGGAGGCGGCCAUCACAUCCUUUGAUGCCCAAUCAGCGCACCAGAGGAGGGGGAGGAGGGGAGCAUCAACGCCCGGCAAGGGAGAAGGAGAGCAGAAAAUAGGAAAGAAAAAGACAGAAGAGAGAGCAGAAAGCUAGCGGGUGCAUGUGCAGAUAUAUAUACUAUGUAUCCUUAGAUAUAAGCUUGCACAACACAUCUUGGGUGCUGUGUGUAUAAAUAAUCCCUCCCCAUCUUCUCCCUAUCGAGUCUAUC